AUGUCGUCCGCCGCCUUCCCGCGCGGCGGCUUAAGCGAUGAACCGAAAGACCCGAAGCAAGAGAAAAAAGAGAAGCGCAAGCGCAAGGAGAACGACGCGGACUUACUAGCGACGCGCAAGCCCGCGAAGCGCGUCGACAAGGCGCCCGCAGCCGAGCCGGAGCAGCAGCAGCAGUCGACGCCGCUCGACGUCCUCACAACAACAACAAUCGUGAAAGCCGCAAGGGGCAAGCCCGCCAAACUAAGACCCGUCCGCUUCGCUUCAUAUCAUGCGGAGACCACCGUGCUCGGCGUCGUGCGGUCCACGUCAACCAAGCACGCCCUCGUCUCAUUACCGGGGAACCUGGUGGGUCAUGUGGAUGUCUCCGGAGCUCUACAGCUCACGCCGAAUACUGUUGUAAGGUGCGCGGUGCUUUCGACUUCUAGAGCAGGGGCAGCCCCUGGCUCAAAGAAGGGCCCGAAGCGCGUCGAGCUAGCGAUUGAUGCCAGGGGCGUCCAGAAAGGAUUAAGGCUGGAAGAUAUCGCUUCUUCUAGAGUGACGACGCUCUUCGGGCUCGUGGCAUCGAGAGAAGCUAGAGGUUAUGUGGUAGAUGUAGGAGUAGGCGGCGCGACGGGCUUCCUGGCCUUCAAGCAUUGUCAGGAGGAUAUAAGGGUGGGCGCGCCCGUCGAGUGCCGCGUGCUCAGGCUCGACCCGGACUCGGGCGUCUGCGCGUGCCGGUGUCUGUCUUCGACUUCGUGGCGCGGCGAUGGCGUGCCGGUGGUGUAGAGUCGCGGUGGUGUAGAGAGUCGCGGCGAUGGCGUCAUUCGGAGCCGUCGUAGAGCGUCGACCCCCACGCAGGCGCGCUGACGACGCGGGACGUCGCCUCCGCAAAAAACGCGCCCGAGAAAACGGGCUGGAGCUUCCGCGCUCUAUGUGUAGGACAACGAGUCCGAGCGUGCGUCCACCGCCGCGUCGCUACUGGAUUAGUUGUUACGUUCGCGGAUGGCGCUCUAGCCGGCGUCAUCGAACGGGACCACCUGGGAAGGCAGGGUUCCUUAGUGGACGACGAGGCGUUUAUGAAUUUGGACGAGUUUAGUGUCGGCCAGUUCCUAGAUGCGCGCGUGUUGUUGAUUGAUCGGGCCGCGAAGGUCGCGCGGCUGACUUGUGCUGAACACUUGCUAGAGUUAACAGGAGCGGCGUUACCGGCGCCGGGAGCCUUCCUGAAGGGCUGCUCCGUCGUCCGCAAGGACCCGAAGGUAGGUCUCGUGUUGCGCAAAGGUGAUCAGGGCAUCUUCGUGCACAAGUCGCGCUUGCCGGAAGAAGACCUGGAAGCCACUGUCGUAGACUGUCGCGUCGUGGGCGUCGCGCCGCUGGAGGGCUGGGCCCUCGCGUCGAUGACGCCCUCGUCAUUAAAUCCCGCGGUGCCGGUCUCAAAAAAUGAACUCGAGCCCGGGACGAUCAUAAGUGCGACGGUCCUCUCGACCCAGGCCUGGGGCCUCGAAGUGAGAUUAUCAGAGACAUUGACGGGCCAGAUCACGAAUUUACAUGUGACCGAGUCCGGUGGUUCCGUUGAUCCGCGCAAACACAGAAAGGUGGGCGACGAAAUCAAGUGCCGCGUGUUGCGCGUCGAAGCGCGGCGCAUCGAGCUCACGAGCAAAAAAUCACUCGUAAAAGCGGCGCGCGUCCUCACGACUUAUGAAGACGCCUCGGAGAACUGCGGCAAGUCUUUUGCGGGCUUUGUGACGGGCGCCGACGCGGCCCGAGGUCUCGUAGUGACGUUCUUCGGGAACGUCCAGGGUCGCGUGGACCCGGCGUCGCUGCGAGCGCGAGGUAUUGUCGAUCCGUCCCAGUCCUUUGCCCUGGGUACCGUGGUCACCUGUUGCGUCAAGGGCGUCACAACCCCCAAAACGCGGCAGGACGGCACGUCGAGAAAACCCAGGAUCGCGCUGACACUCGAUGACGUGGACGGUUGUAAAGUGGAGGUUGAUUCUGUGUUAAAAGCCGUCGCCGUCGAGUUGGUCGAGGCGCGCGCCAAAGGAGCGUCGAAACGAGCACCUAGAAAAGCGGUCGCGUGCCUGUGUCGCGUGACGUCGUCGAAGGGCGAAUGCCUCGCGAAGCUACCGGUAGCGCACGCCUGCGACCACGGUCUCGACGCGGAAUCAACUUUGAGACGGUUGGCUUCCACUGGAGAAUCGUUCGAGUGCCGGGUGCUCGAAGGUUCGUCUGACGGCGCGCCGGCCAAGAUCAGCGCGGCGCCGUCCAUGAUUAAUGCUACUACGGGAAAGUUGGAGCUGGAUGCUAUCCGAACUGGAGUUGUAGUGCAGCUCAAGCCCUACGGUGCCUUCGUGUCCUUCGGCGGGCAGGAGCGAGGAUUGAUCCCGCGGGCGUUGGUCGCGGAUCGGUAUAUUGGGGAUCUGGAGGACUGUUUUAGAGUCGGAGACAUUGUACGAUGCGCCGUCGAUUCCAUCGAAGGUGAUAGGGUGGUGCUGCGGACGCGAGGUGUCCCUCGAGACGAGACCGGCGCCUUCGGACGUUCAGUACUGCGGAGCUUAUCCGGUAACGAUGCGUUGCGCGUGGGCUUUGCGUACGACGCUCUCGUCGCUUCGAAUGACGACGGCGUCCGCUUCUCCCAGAUCAACGGUAUCGAAUGUAGAGGUUUAGCCCCUCUCAAACACUCGCUGACGUGUAGCGAGGGCGACGUCGUCAAGAUUCGACUCAUGGGCUUCCGCAAAGACCAAACAUUGUGCAGCAUGGUGCCCGACGUCGUGAGGCCGGGGCGUACCAAACGUCGAGCGAAAGCUUCGCAAGUCCUGACCGAGGGCGCGUCCAUCGAAGCAUGCGAUUUGCUGGACAAGGCUUUUUCUCAACCUACAAUAAAGGGCGUCGGCAUAUAUAUUGAUAGAGGCACAGGGCAAUUGAUAUGCGUGCAACGGGGCGACUUUCACAGGAGAGAUGAAGAUAUGCGACCGCAAGUCGAGGAGGACCUUGUAGUGGUAUCAUGUGCAACAGAUGAGCUCUACGGGUUGGCCAUAGCCUUACCACGAGAAGACCCUAGAAGCAACGAACAGGUGCGACACCGCCGCGGCUCCGUCGCGACCGACGCCAAGGCCGAGGUCGCGCGGAAACGCAAGCUGCCGAAGACCGACCUCAGUGCGUUGGACCCGGGCGACGCCCUGACUUGUAGGGUUGCGGCGCGCGGUUCCACCAGAGAGGCACUACUGUUAACUAUACGGGGCGGCGAGGGGCGUGUCAGAUGUCGGUUGCACGUUUCUGAUGCUCUCACUAAACCUUCAUGUAGAACGCCCGAGGCGUCUACCGAUAUAGCCGUGCCGGACCUGCCGGAGCGGCACCCGUUUCACGGGAUAAGGUGCGGCUCGGCCUUUGACGGCGUGUUGCUGCAGAGGACGAUUGAUGGGGAAGUAACGCGCGUCGACGUCGGCGUCGGCACGACGCAUGUGGGGCGGAAGGCGGAGUGGGGCUCUACGGUCACCAGCGCGUCCAUCAUUUCCAAUAAGGACGACUUCGGCUUCGUUACUGUAUGUGCGGCGCCGUCUGUCAGAGCAAAGGUGGCCUUCGCCGACGUUGUGGAAUCGUUCCUAUCGAACAGUGAUCUGGACGCGGCCAUAACGAGUGCGACGGACGCGUGCGCCGCCUCGACACGAUUAAGGGUGGUGAAGACUAAAAAUGGCGCGACGUGCCGCUUAGAUAAGGACAACAUAAGACCUAUAAGGGCUGGAGAUAUAGUCCCGUGCGUGCCGUCCAGAAAACCGGAAGAGAAGCGACGGGGCGCCGCGCGCUGCGGGGCCAUGGAUCGAAGGUACGUGCUGCCCACCGGUUUAGAAGCUUUCUGUAGUGCUUCGGAGUUUAGUGACAGAGACGCGUGGACCGACUGUACCAAUGAUUCGUCGAUGAGUUUGUGUAUUGUAUUGGAGGCGGGGCCGCCGGCCCGCAUUUCCUUGAGGCCGAGUCGCAUCGCAUCUCGCAAUAUAAAACCGGACGAGGCGCUGGAGGUGGGGCGCGUGCGGCCGGGCUUUGUCGUCGGCGCCGACGCGAAGGCCGGCGUGUUCGUGGAGCUGGCGCGCAAUGUCGUGGGUAGGGUUUUAUUGAAAGAUUUGGCCGACGGCUACGUCAAGGAUGUGGUGCGGGAGUUUCCCCUCGGGCGGUUGGUCGCGCCGGUGGUCACGCAAGUCACACCGAAGGUUGAGUUAUCGUUAAGACCGUCGGCGAUCAAGCGCGAGUCGUCAAUCCCGAAGAUCAUGAAGGAGAAUGAUGUGGUGAAGGGCACGAUUACGAGGGUCGAGGCGUACGGCGUGUUCGUGCGUAUUGACGACGCGCCGUCCGACGCGCCCAGCGGAUUGGCCCACAAGUCCGAGCUGGCCGACGACUUCGUGAAAGAUGUGUCAUCGCGGUUCGCCAAGGGUGAUCGGGUCGUGGCCAAGGUGCUGAAGAUCGAGCAGGGUGACACACGGAGGAAGGUAUCCUUAGGCCUGAAGCCGUCGUACUUCACGGCAGCGAUGGAAGAAGAUGAGGAGGAGGAGGAGGAGGAGGAGGAUGAUGAUGACGAGGCUUUAGCUAGAGCCGACGCGUUAUUAGCGAACGACUCCGACGACGAGAGCGACGACGAUGCAGUAGAAGAGGACGAGGCCGCCGACUCGUCCGAAGACGAGGAGGAGGACGAAGACAGCGACGACGAGAGCGACGACGACGACGAUGAAGAGGCCCAAGCUUUACGCUGGGACGAGGAGCGGCCCAAGCAGACGAAAAGACGUAAAACGGAGCCCGCGGACGAGGGCGCGGCCGAACUACAAACGAUGGCCUCGGAGGAGGCGCUGCUCAACGACGAGAUGCGUUCCAGCGAUGAUUACGAACGUCAUUUGGUCGCUCAUCAGGACGAGGCCGCGGCUUAUACGACGUAUGCUACUUUCCUACUGGAGCGCGAGGACGACGCGCCCGGCGCGCGGAAAGUUUUAGAGAGAGGCCUGAAGACGAUCCACUACCGGCGCGAAGAUGCUCGCUUGGAUGUCUGGGCCUGUUUGUUGGAACUAGAACGGAAGCACGGCGACUCCACGUCAUUAGAUGCGACGACGAAGCGAGCCGUGGCGAAUUGUGACCCUACCAAAGUACUGUUAAGGUUGGGCGCUUUGUUGGAUGCGGCGCAAGAUUUCAAGCGAAGCGAUGCGGUGUAUCGUAAAUGUGAGAAACGAGCCAAACAUCAAGCCAAAACUACAGAAGAGGUCUGGCUGCGCCACGCCCGGUCUCGGUUAUUGGCGGGCGACGCCAAGGGUGCGGAUGCCGUUGUGAAGAGAGGCGUCCAGGCCUGCGACGGUGCUCCGAAGGAGGAGGCUUCGCUCUUAUCUAGAUACGCCUGUUUGGAAUUAGAGGACGGGAGCCGGGAUCGAGGAAGGACGGUCUUCGACAAGUUGCUGGAGCGCUUUCCUAGGAGAGCGGACCUGUGGCAGUUAUAUGUGGCGAAGACCUUGAAAGCCGGCGACGUGCAACACGCGCGUCAUAUACAAACGCGGCUGGCCGCCGCGGACCUCCCUCCGAAAAUGAUGAACGCUGCUUUAAAACGGUUUGCCGCCUUCGAGAGCGAGCACGGCGACGCGGCGUCGGCCGCCGCGGUCAAGGACUUGGCGAGGGCGUACGUCGCGCGGCGGAAGGACGCCAUGGACGACGAGGACGACUAG